GCGCGCGCAAACGGGUUGGGGGGAAGAAGAGAGGCGCGCGCAUGCGCAGUCGCUCUCUCGGGGGCUCCCGGCGCAUGCGCGCGAACGGCCUGGCGCGGAGCUGCAGCCGGAGCCGGGACGAUGUCUCGCUACGGGCGCUAUGGAGGCGAGACCAAGGUGUACGUGGGGAACCUGGGCACCGGGGCCGGCAAGGGCGAGCUGGAGCGAGCCUUCAGCUACUACGGGCCCCUGCGCACCGUGUGGAUCGCGCGGAACCCGCCGGGCUUCGCCUUCGUGGAGUUUGAAGACCCAAGAGAUGCUGAAGAUGCAGUUCGAGGUUUGGAUGGAAAGGUGAUUUGUGGCUCCCGAGUGAGAGUUGAGCUGUCAACAGGCAUGCCCCGCCGCUCCCGCUAUGAUAGACCUCCCGCACGGCGACCAUUUGAUCCUAACGACCGGUGUUACGAAUGUGGCGAGAAAGGUCAUUAUGCUUAUGACUGUCAUCGCUAUAGUCGUCGAAGGAGGAGCAGGUCACGUUCUAGAUCUCAUUCAAGGUCCAGAGGAAGAAGGUAUUCUCGGUCACGCAGCCGAAGCCGUGGUAGGAGGUCCAGGUCAGCUUCCCUUCGCAGAUCCAGAUCUGUCUCUCCUCGUAGAUCUAGAUCAGCCUCACCGCGCAGAUCCCGAUCGGGUUCUUUAAAAAGAUCAAGAUCUAGAUCCAGAUCACGAUCAAGAUCCAGGUCUGUUACAUGGCCAAGAAGCAGGUCUGGGUCCCAUGGUAGAUCUAAAUCUGGCUCACCUGCUAAAAGCCGAUCAAAGUCCAGAUCCCCCUCUCCAAAGAGAAGUCAUUCACCAUCAGGAAGCCCUCGAAGGAGGAGUGCAAGUCCUGUAAGAAUGGACUGAAAUUUCAAAGUUAACCUUCUGGGAAGAACGUUAUUUUGUUUACAUUAUUAAAAGGGAUUUGUGGUGUCUUUGAUGUAUAUGGUAAGGGCUUAGUUCUAGAAGGGUAUUUCAAUCUGAUAACAAUUGGCCUGGAUCUGGAUCAUUUAAAUUCUGCAAAAUCACAUCAGUAGACUAGUACACAACUUGUUUUGUUGUAUGUAUUAACAUGCUGUGAUCUGAAAAUGUGGGACUCUUUUAUUGACAUGUUUUUUUAUUGCCUCGUUGAAAUAAAAUGUCUAUUUCUAACUAAAAACCUCCUUGUGGUGCCCUACUGCUUAACAAAAAAAAAAAGGUGGCUACCAUUAGCCUACCCUAAACCAAUCAUAUCCUUCCCAGUUUAUUUUAAAUAGUCUCUAGUUAUGUGAACUUGUUAUUGACGUUAAAUGGAUGAUGACAACAUUUUAAACAGUGACUAAAAAUCCUUAAUCUCAGUUGCCAUAACUUCCUGUAAUAUCAUAUACAUGAGCUCUCUAUUCAUUGUAAUCUUCCAGUGUAGAGAGAGUAUGAAUUUCUAAUAUCUAAAGUUUGUUUACAAAAAGUAAAGCCUUUCUUAUCACAAAGCAGAAGGGCACAAGCACAAUAUUUCCACUGUAGGUUACCUUUAAAUAACGGUUCAUGUUCCGAGAGGAAAAGGCAGCUUUUUUUCACUCUCUCUCUAUCACAACCCAUUUAUGGUCAGUUAGUCUAGCCUGAGAAAAACUGAACGAAACUGAGAACUGUUCUGCAACACAGGUUGCAAUCAAAAAGCAGCCUGUAUGCUGAUAGACAAAACCUGUUUAGAUAUUGUAAAAUAAACUCUAUAGUGCACACAGCAAAUAUGUGGUUGAAGAGCUUAAAAUGAAUCUUAUGUGAAACUCCCUAAAGCCUUGUUGGUCUGUAGCCAGGAGUGGCAUGGGGAUAUGACAUUUCAUGUUGAAACUAAGACUGGCUGUCCAUAGGUCUUAUCUGAUUGGCAAAUAUAGUGUUGGACUGCCAGUUUCCUUCUUAAUAGAUAUUAAAAAAUCUCCAUUUUUUUUUAUUCUGGACUACUUUAUUUAAUGUAGCUAGAUGUCAGUUUCAACAUUUAAGGAGAACUGUUAGGGUUUUCCAAACAUCCACUGAAUUCCAAAGAGCAGACUUGUGUGGGCUCCUAAUGAAAUGGCUAAUGGCAGAUUAAAAGUUUACGACUUGUAAAAGUAUAAAGUUAUUAAUGUACCUUAAAUAGCAAAAUGACCUUUUGGACCAAAAGACAAAUUUUGGGUAACCCAUGAUUUUCAGAUAACAGACUUCUCAUUUAAUGUUAGACUCCACUUGUGUCUGGUAGAUGUUAGAACCCCUGAGUAGUCCCCACACUCUGAAAAUGUUACAAUUGGCAGCUUUAUUUCUGAAGUGUACUAGCCACUUUCCUAGCUUUGAUGUCUAGUUUUGAUUUUUCUGGUGUUUGAUUUCCAUAUGUUCAGUGCAUUGUUGCUUAACAACAGAAGCAUCCACUCCCAGUGCUAAUUAUGCUGUGAUUAAUAUUCUGCUAAUAUCCAUAAAACAAAACUGCAAAAUGGGGAGCAGGAAAUGACAACAUUGAUUCUCCUGAAAUAAUUCAGCAAAUAUACCCAGAAGCCAUUGCUUAGGAUGACAUUCAUCAGUAUAGACUGGCCAUUGUCUGGCAGUUUUACAGUAUAACUAGUAAAAGUGCCACAUGGAAUGAUGCUAUUGCAUUUAAUGAGCUCUUUCUCUUCUGUACUGUUAAGACAAUCCUACUCCACAAUAAACAUGCAGACUCUAAAAUUA